AUGAGUGCUAGCGUGGUAUCGGCUUUGGUUAAGUUCGGUGAAACCCUUGGAGACAAGUCGGUUGAUACAAACUCGAAACUACGCGUACUGAGUACACUUAACGAAGUAAAACUUACUCUUAGUGAAUUAUCAGAGUCUGGUGUUGGUCGUGCUGUUCGUAAACUAAAAAACGAACCAGGUGAACUUGGGAAAACUGCUAGUACUCUCAUAUUAAAAUGGAAAAAUCUCCUUAGUGAGCAUAUAAAACAAGAAUCUAUAAAUCUUAAUGUACCCACAAAUUCCGAAAAUUCUGCUGUUAAUGAUAUAUCCAAAAGUGUCAGCCGAACUUCAAGUGAAGGCAAAUCAAUAUCAGUUACCAACUGCACAAAGGUCAACUCUAUUAAAAGUCCUCAGGAUAAUUUCAAGAAAAGUGUGCAACGUAUAUCACCCAUACCUGAAAAUGAGGCGAUUCCAAAUCUUCCAAGUAAUUCACUGCUUCACACAGAUGCAACCUCUGAUUAUUUUUCAAACAGUUCUACAUUUAAUGAUUCGUCUUCAUAUCCCAAAGUCAACCAUAAGUCUCCAAAUGGUAAAACUAAACUAACAUCUAACAAAAAACGAAAGUCUACAGAAAUUGUGGACUCUAUUGAUUCUUCUAGUGGGUUAUCGUUCAUGGAUUCAUUGAAUGUUAAAGCAAGCACUCGCACUCCUCGGAAGAAAAAGUGUAAUCCAACCGUUGCUUCAAAUGAUCAGUCCCAACAGAAUGUUAGCAAAAAGCUUGAUGUCACUGCUUCGAAUAUUCCACUGCGACCCUCAGAAGCAUUUAGUGCGGAAAUCAUCUCGUCACUUUCUGAACCAGUUAAUCGUCCAGAUGUCGUUUGUCGUUCACCUACUCCUCAGUUAAAUGAAACAGAAGAAGACGAUUUCGACAAUGGUGAUUUGAAAUUUAAAUCAAAGAAAGUCCUUUGGGUACCAAAACAAAACCGUUCAUCGUUACCUUUCAACAAUAAUAUUAAUAAUAAUAAUUCGAAUUCAUCGGAUAAUUUCCCUAGUUUCUUUGAUCCUCCCAGUUUAAUUGAUCUUUGUGUUGAUGUUUUGGCACGUAAUAUAAGUCGUGUUGAUUAUGUCGGACAAGUUCCUUAUGAAUUAUUGGCUAAAGCCUUACGUGGAGCCUCUGUAGAUGACUUGACUAGAAUUGAACGUUAUAAUCCACAAUUUAUUGGAUUAAAUGAUGAUUUAUGGCGUAAAUAUAUUCAUAGAGAUUUUCAACAUUUAUCGAAUAUUCGUCGUCAAUCCGAUGAAACAUGGUGUGAAUUUUACAAUCGAUUAUCUAAAGAAGAAACUAAACGUUUAGAUCGAAUUAUUUCACAAUCAGCGCGUAAAAUUAAAGAAGAACAAGAAAUCCAUGUUUCUGGACCGGGGCCUCCCAGUCAAACUUCCCCAACCAAACUUGCUUUACCUAAUACCUCCCGUAACCAAGCACGUGAUGCUGAGUCUCGCAAGGAGAAAAAGAUUGGACACAGACGUGUUACAGAAGAGGGGACUGUUACGUACAAAAAGAAACCUACAUCAGAACUUCAAGGAGCUAUACAACUUGGCAUACAACAUCAUAUUGGUUCGUUACAACAAAAACCUGAUCGUGAUUUAUUAUAUGGAGAUUUUAAUAUUAUUGAUACGGUUAAUUUUCCUCGUGAAGGCACAAAAACAACACAAGCUCAUCCAUAUUCAGAUUUUCGAUUUAGAAUUUAUGCUCCUGUAGCUUUUCGAUGUUUCCGAAAGUCUUAUAAAUUGGAUAUUCGUGAUUUCUUAAAUUCCUUAUGUAGUCAAUCACUACAAGAACUUUCAAAUCCCGGUGCAAGUGGUUCCAUUUUUUAUAUUAGUCAAGAUGAUGAGUUCAUCAUUAAAACUGUACAACAUAAAGAGGGUGAAUUUUUACAAAAAUUAUUACCAGAAUAUUUUAUGAAUUUAAUGCAACAUCCUCGUACUUUAUUACCGAAAUAUUACGGUCUUUAUUGUUAUCAGUCUGGACAUAAAAAUAUUCGAUUUGUCGUAAUGAACAAUUUAUUACCUUCAUCUGUACGUAUUCAUGAAAAAUAUGAUUUAAAAGGAUCAACUUAUGGUCGUCAGGCUAGUGAAGCUGAACGUGCUAAAAGUUCACCAACUUUAAAAGAUCUUGAUUUUAUAGAGAAUCAUCCUGAUGGAAUUUGGUUAGAGGCAGAAACAUAUGAUGCACUUUUGAAAACAAUCGAAAGGGAUUGUUUGGUACUCAAAUCUUUUCGAAUUAUGGACUACUCGCUUCUAUUAGGUAUACACAAUUUAGAUCAAGCUAAACGUGAUCGGCUUGCUCAAAAACAUGCAUCUGCGCAACAGACUCCUGUAAAUCAACAUGGUGAUGAACCUUCUGAUUUAUCACCGAAUUCAAUUCCAAAAAUGAAAUCCAACGGAUUAAUUUCUCAUAUUAUCAAUAAAAAUAAUGAAAGCAACACCAAUAGAUCUACUUCAAUAUCGAAUGGUAUAGCUAGUGAUGGUUUUGUUGGUAGUAUCAAUGAAAACAAUAAUAAAACAACAUCAUCUUCACCGAACGGUUCACAAUUGCCACCACCACCUACACGUCAUGCACAUUUCACCAAUGAAGCUGAGGAUGAUGAAACAAAGUCACCAAGUGAUAAUAAUAAUAAUAAUAAUAAUAAUAACAAUGAAGCUGAUAAGUCAGUAUUUCAACGCAAUUUACAUAAAACACAUUCACAAAAACGUGUUGUUGCUUAUUGUACCGCUAUGGAAUCGAUUAAAGCAAGUUCCGAACCAGUGGAAUUAGAAUCAGAAGAACGUGAAUUGAUUCCAUCUGGUGGUAUUCCUGCACGUGAUACCAAUGGUGAUCGAUUGUUAUUGUAUAUUGGUGUUAUUGACAUUUUGCAAAGUUAUCGAAUUUUAAAGAAAAUGGAACAUGGUUUCAAAUCUUUGGUAACUGAUGGAAAAACCAUAUCAGUCACACAUCCAUUAUAUUAUGCUCAACGUUUUCAAGAAUUUCUUGGUCGUACAGUAUUCAAACGUAUACAAUCUCUUGACGAACCGAAUGUUUUUGGACCGCAUACAUCACGAUUCAGGCGAUAUGCUCAUAUGGCUCAAGCAGCUGUUGCAUUGAAGCAGGGUACUUCAAAACGUUUUCAUCGUCCAAUGGCUGCUAUUAAAACUUUAGAUGAUACAAUUGAUUUAGCUGACAAAGGAACAACUUAUGAAAGUUUGAAACCGACAGAUAGUCGUCGUUACUGAUAUCAAUCAAUCAAUAAAUCUCUGUGUGUAUUGGCCAAUUUCUAAACUGAUCUCAUGAAAAGUUAAUCAAUAUGGACGUGUGUGUAUCGUCGGCUGAUCAAUCAAUUGUUUGUUUUACUUUUGACGCAUUGUGUUUAUUAGUUACGAGAUUGUGUUGAACGUUUAUUUUUGUUCGUUCGUUCAUUUGUUUCUUUGUUUGUUUACAAUCUUUGCCUUGUCAUUCAUUGAACGCAUUCAAGAUUUUCAAAGUGCAUAUACAUCUAUAUAUUACAGCAGUGUAACACCAACAAUAUUAUUAUUAAUGUGAACAUUAUUUUAAAAAAGACCGCCUAUAGUUCAUUCAAAUCAUUGCUGUAUAUAUAUAUAAAUAUAUAUAAUAUUUUACUUUAUGACAUAUCUUUCAAUAACAUCAUUAUUAUACAAUUCUUUUGUUUUUGUGUGUGUUCUGACACUUUAGAUAAUAGAAUCUCUUUCUCUUAUUCAUUUUGUACAUUCCAUCUUCAUGGGACUAUUGUCCUUUCUUUUUCUUUAUCUUCUCUCUCUUCUAGUAAACUCAAUAAAUCUACAUGAUGACAUCAUGGAUAAAAUUUAUUUUGUCAUUGUACACACACACACACACACCUACACACACGCACACUUUGAAUCGCCAAAUGAUCAAUCAGUUUAGCUCUACCAAAAAAAAGAAAAUUCAAUGUUCAAUUAAUUGAUGAUCACAGUGUGAAUUUUUUGAUUUUUUGUUUUUCUCAUUUCACCAUUUUGUUUUAUUUCUUGUUCCUUAUUACUUACUCUCUUACUAACCAACUUGUAUGGUUUUGUCCCGUUCAUUCAUUCACUCAUCAGUUUAAAAAAAAUUUUUUUUUAAAAAAACUAAAAGAAAUAACUCUUUCCAAGGAUAAAGUAUGAAUAAUAAUCCUUUCUGGACAUUCCUUAGUAUAUAUAUAUAUAUAUAUAUAUAUAUAUAUAUAAUAUCAAUUUUCCCAUUGUGUAUAGUUAGUUAGUUGACCAUUGUAUGAAUGCUUAUCUCCUGUAUAGUAUAUAUUGUGUUGUUUGUUAUGUAACAGUCCAAUUCAAACAUUAUUUACUUUUCUAUUGAUCUGUUGUGUUAUGAUCUAUUCCGUUUCGUUUAUUUAUUUAUUCAAUGACUGAUUGAUUGAUUGAUUGAAACAUUUGUUCUUCGUAAUUGUAUCACUGGUGCUUCUACUGCUGUCUUUUCGUCAUUGUCAUUACUGUUCGUUGUUGUUGUUGUUGUUGCUGUCGGUGUUGUCGUUGUUUGUCUCAUCGCAUCGUCUAUGCGCAAUGUACUUAUUAUUUACACUCUGCCUACUUACAUUUUUCAUCCCUAUCAUCAUCAUGAUCAUUAGUCCAAUUUGUGUUACACUCAUCAUUCACGAGGAUCGCAUUUCUCGUUUUCCUCUCUCUUUCAUACAUACAUACAUACACACACACACACACUAUUACCCCUUGACAGUUAUGAACAACGACGAUAACGGCGAUGUGGUAAAUUAGCAGCUUACAAACACUACACGCACAUGUUAUGAUUAUGAUUAUUAUUGUUAUUAUUUAUCCUGUACACUUGAAUCUGUCAGUUCUGUUUGUUGUGAUGUUUUGUUUUUCAACUGGCUUACACAUUAAUCUCUGUUAUGAUUGUACAUAUAUAUUUAUUUGUUUUUCUAUCUGUUAGUCAAUUGUAUUAAUUGUUUCAUUUCAUUUCAGUCAUUCAUUCAUUGAUUUAUUGAUUUAAUCAUGCUUAUUUACGUGCAAACAAUCGCUACAUAUAUUUAAAUAUAUUAGUUAGUAGUACUAUUAAGUAGUAUCUUCUCUUCCAACCAAUAGUCUUUAUCUGUUCUUUACUAUUAUUAUCUUAUCACAUAUUUUUGCCACCUGUGUUACUCUACUACUACUACUACUACUACCAAUAUUAUUAUUAUUAUUAUCUGGUAGGAGAUCUUGUUCUCUACUUCCUCUUCUUUGUUUUUCCUUAUUCUCUCUCUGUAUACUGAUACAUUAGUCUAUUUCUUAUAAUUAGAAUGUCUUGAAUAGUUAUUUUUCAUGCAAACAAAGAAGUAAAUCCUACUUCCUAUAGAAAGAACUGUUAUCAUACCGUAUAAUUAAUUCACUUUGUCUCAAAACACAAUUCUAUAUAUUAUAAUUUCGUUUUUUUCUCUCUCUCUCUUCUCUACACUUACUUAUACAACACUGUGUGUUUCUUUUUUUUUGCUCGACAAGCUAAUCUCAUUUAUAUUUACAGAAUGGAUCAUAUUAUUGUUAUCAUUUGAGUAAA